CGAUGCAUGACGAAAUGGAUCGAAAACUAUGAAAUGAAAUCUAAAUAUAUAGAAGAAAACGCAUUUUAUAAACAAUUUAAAAACUAGCAACUUUGAAGCAUGGAUGAAGAAUUAUUACUGCGAAGUUACUAAGUUUUCACCAUAAGACGAGAGAAUUAAAAAUAUUGAUUGUUAUCACGAUUAUGUUUGAACUCGCUCUUGGAAACUCACUAGAGUCUGUUAUUAUAUUAACGAAAACGGCGAUAUAAUCAUAUUUGUUGUUAUGUUGUAAAUUGUAGAAUAGAUUUUAAAUUUCGAAUUAAUUUAACUACGAAAUCAGCCAAUUCACAUCGUUAAAAUUAAAAUCUUAAACCAUGGAUGAUGAAGCAGAAACUUAUAAACUAUGGAGAAUACGAAAAACCGUCAUGCAAUUAUGCCACGAUAGGGGAUAUUUAGUAACGCAGGAUGAAUUGGACCAGACAUUAGAACAAUUUAAAGAACAGUUUGGAGACAAACCUAGUGAAAAGAGACCGGGCAGAAGUGAUUUGAUCGUAUUAGUGGCUCAUAACGAUGAUCCUACCGACCAGCUUUUCGUAUUUUUUCCAGAAGAACCAAAAAUCGGUAUUAAAACUAUAAAAACGUAUUGUUCUCGUAUGCAGGAAGAAAACAUUCACAGAGCCAUUAUAGUCGUUCAAGCAGGUAUGACUCCUUCUGCCAAACAAUCUCUGGUAGAUAUGGCGCCGAAGUAUAUUUUAGAACAAUUUUUGGAAUCAGAAUUGCUUAUUAAUAUUACGGAACACGAAUUGGUGCCAGAACAUGUUGUUAUGACACCGGAAGAGAAACAGGAAUUGUUGGCUAGAUAUAAAUUGAAAGAAAAUAUGUUGAUGAGAAUUCAAGCUGGUGAUCCUGUAGCGAGGUAUUUUGGUCUUAAAAGAGGACAAGUAGUAAAAAUCAUUCGGUCAUCUGAAACAGCAGGACGAUACAUUUCAUAUAGAUUAGUUUGUUAAUUAAUCAAUAUGUUUUUUUUAUUUUUUUACAUUUAGAAUAAAUUGUAAAAAUACAUUUUAAGCAUAAAACAUUUAUUUAGAAG